AAUUUACCUCUUUCGUACUCAACCCCUUUUUGUCUUGUAGCUAGGUGGAGGAGAUUUCAGUAUUUUUGCUCUAAAUAUCGUUUCUUUAUCUGUUUUCUCUCGGUUUUCUCAGAUGGGUUUCGUUGUUUGACUUUAUUUUGCUUAGUUUGGUUUAUUUUAUUCAGCUUUUUGAGUUUUUUUAAUCUGGGUUGAUUUGGGUUCUUGAAGCAAGAAUCUGUGGAGUUGGGGUUUGAAAUGGGGAUUGUAAGUACUGUACUUGGGUUUAGUGGAUUUGGAGUUGGAGUUUCUGCUGGGCUUGUGAUUGGUUAUUAUCUUUUUAUCUUCUUCCAACCCACUGAUGUUAAGGAUCCCCAAAUCCGUCCAUUAGUUGAGCAAGACACUAAAAGUUUGCAGCGCUUGCUCCCUGAAAUACCUCAUUGGGUGAAAAAUCCUGAUUAUGAUCGGGUUGACUGGCUUAACAAGUUCCUUGAAUACAUGUGGCCUUAUUUGGACAAGGCAAUUUGCAAGACUGCAAAGAAUAUUGCAAAGCCUAUUAUUGCUGAGCAAAUUCCAAAGUAUAAAAUUGAAUCAGUUGAAUUUGAAGCACUGACAUUAGGGUCUCUGCCACCUACAUUUCAUGGUAUGAAGGUCUAUGUUACUGAUGAGAAGGAGUUGAUUAUGGAACCGGCCUUUAAAUGGGCAGGAAACCCCAAUGUCACUGUUGCUAUUAAGGCAUAUGGACUAAAAGCAACUGUUCAGGUGGUGGAUCUGCAAGUCUUUGCCUCACCGCGAAUAACCUUAAAGCCGUUGGUUCCUAGCAUUCCUUGCUUUGCCAAUAUAUAUGUGUCUCUCAUGGAAAAGCCUCAUGUUGACUUCGGACUCAAACUUCUAGGAGCUGACCUUAUGUCGAUACCUGGUGUGUACAGAUUUGUCCAGGAGCUUAUCAAAGAUCAAGUUGCAAACAUGUAUCUGUGGCCUAGAACUCUAGAAGUACCAGUCAUGGAUCCAGCAAAAGCCAUGAAGCGGCCCGUUGGAAUUCUCCAUGUCAAGGUACUAAGGGCAAUGAAGCUGAAAAAGAAAGAUUUGAUGGGUGCUUCUGACCCUUAUGUUAAAUUAAAGCUCACUGAAGAUAAGCUUCCCUCAAAGAAAACUGUUGUGAAGCACAAGAAUUUGAAUCCCGAAUGGAAUCAGGAAUUCCAUAUGGUUGUUAAAGAUCCAGAAUCUCAAGCUAUAGAGUUUACUGUUUAUGAUUGGGAACAGGUUGGCAAACAUGACAAGAUGGGUAUGAAUGUAGUUUCUUUGAAGGAGCUUUCACCGGAUGAGCCUAAAGAAUUGACACUUGAUCUUUUGAAGAACAUGAAUCCCAAUGAUCCGAUAAAUGAGAAGUCCCGCGGGCAGCUUGUGGUUGAAUUGACAUACAAGCCUUUUAAGGAGGAGGAUAUGCCAAAAGAUUUUGAUGAAUCAGGUGAAGUAGAAAAGGCUCCUGAAGGAACACCCUCCGGGGGAGGCAUGCUUGUUGUUAUUGUUCAUGAAGCUCAGGAUGUUGAGGGGAAGCACCACACUAACCCAUUUGCCAGGAUCCUUUUCCGUGGGGAAGAAAGGAAAACUAAGCAUGUAAAGAAGAAUAGAGAUCCGAGAUGGGAAGAGGAGUUCUCCUUCGUAUUAGAAGAGCCACCCAUAAAUGACAGACUGCAUGUGGAAGUUCUAAGCAGCUCAUCAAGGAUUGGCAUCCUUCAUCCUAGGGAGUCUUUGGGUUACAUUGAUAUUAGCCUUGCAGAUGUUGUACAUAACAAGCGGAUCAAUGAGAAGUUCCACCUCAUAGAUUCUAAAAAUGGGCGGAUUCAGAUUGAGCUACAAUGGAGAACUUCAUAACUUUGUAGUUUUAUAACCUUGUUGAACAGGAAGAAUGGUUAAGAAUGCUUUACUCAGAGGAUAUUUUUACUCUGGUUUAAUGUGUGAAUUUUAAAGAAAUGUUUUCCGCCAUAUCCUUAAAUGCAUUAUGCUUGCAACUACUACAGAACAACAUUCACAAUGCUCUUUUUCAGAGAGGUCUUUUAUUUGUUAAUGUUUGUGGUGGUUUAUCAAUCAACAAAUUUGUGUAAAUGAGUGAGGGUACUUAUAAUUUUACUGUU